GAUAACGAUGACUAUCCGUACAUCUGGGUCCCGCGGUGGUCAUCGUCCCGACACCCUAAAGUCCGCUCCGCUGUUACACGACUAACGACGCUCGCCCCGCAGCGCGUUAAAAUAUCGAUUUUACCGCCGCAGGACACCUAACGUACCGCUGUUGUUGUUGUUGUUGUUGUUGUUGUUGUUGUUGUUGUUGUUUUGAUUGUUUGAUCGUUCUUCUGCGUGUCAACACCGUAAUGUCCGUAAACAUGACCGAAGAAGUCCAGAGCGACGAGGUGUUCAAGAAACUCGACGCGUUGAAAGACAUCAGAGACAAAACUGAAAAAUUAGAAACUCUAAAAAUGAACAUUUUGAAAGAAAUUGAAGCAAGUGAUCAAGAAGAUAAAUGUCUUAUUGAGUAUCGCAAGGAAUUGGAACUUUUACUACAAGAAAAAAUGGCACAUGUAGAAGAACUUAGACAGAUACAUGCUGAUAUAAAUGCUAUGGAAAGUGUAAUAAAAAAAGCUGAAGAAUCUAGAAAUCGAUCUAUGGAACGUGCUAAACAAGUCCACGAUGAAUAUAAACCUUUGAAGACAGAUAUUGACCUUAUGCGUAGAGAUUUACUUGGACUUGAACGGUUACCAGAACUUCAUGAAGAAGAAAGUGAUCUUGUGCGACCAGAUCUAUUUGUCCAAACCUAUUUUGACAAACAAAUCAAACCGGCUGUGUCAACACCCCCAAAUUCAGAUUGGCACAAUGGUGAUAGUGUGCAGAACUUAACUCAAGCUCAUCAGCAUGCUCAAGCUGCUGUGGCGGCUUUUCUUGGAUCUCAAGCAGCUCCACUUCAACAACUUGCAACUAGUAGCAAAAUGGUGAAUGGUGGACCUGUAGAUACUAGACCAAUACCUCCAAUUCCUGGACCGCCAGCAUUCAGUUUUGAGAAUGAUCAUUCUGCUGCUGCAGCCAUGAUGAUUAAUGUCAAGUAUAAAAUAAAAACAGUGCUUACAUCAGGACAACAACCACCUCCAAUGAAAUCAUGCUUAUCUUGUCAUCAGCAAAUACACCGUAAUGCUCCAAUUUGUCCAUUAUGCAAAGCCAAAUCCAGGAGUCGUAAUCCGAAAAAACCAAAGAAAAAAGAUUAACUAGCAAUAACUCAGAGUGACAAAUCUGAAUUAAAACUUUUAAUCAGAAUUCAAAGUAUAUGAGAAUUUAAAUAAGUACUUUGCUGACACUGAACUGGCUUUUAAAAAUUAGACAUUUUAGAAUUAUGGAAAUGUCUAUUCAUUUUGUUAUACUAAAUAAGAUCUUGUUUAGAUGCUUACUUUAUAACUCAAAAUAGGCUGAAAAAGCUAAAUAUGAAAUUUAAACUUAAACAGUAUUUUUAUUUUUUAAACUAUCUUAAGGAUCAUGUGUAUAGUAUAUUAUAUAAUAUAAAUACAGUGCUUGAAUGGGAGGGGGGCAGAGCUUCUCUACUAUUAUUUUUUUUUUUUUUAAUUGGAUUGGUGGACGGCACAUACUGCUGCCCGAAAAUUUUUUUGUUUGAAUGUGGAUUUAAAUUGUUGUGAAUAAUAUUACCUAAAGAAUUUUACAAUUUUUAAUAUGAAAAAUAUUAGCUUAUUAUCUUGUCUAUGGCUUAGAACAGUGGUGGCCAAACUUUAUUUACCUCAGGCCAUAAAAAAAAAUUUACUUUAGUCAUCAGAAUUUUAGGUAUAGGUGUAUAAUUUCAUAUUUAACGACGUUUUUAUUGUACAUAAAUAUAAAAUAUUAUAGUUCUUUCGCGGGCCGUAGUUUGGCCACCACUGGCCUAGACUACCUAUGUGUUAAGUAAUCUUGCACUCAGACUGCAGUUUUUAAAUUGUUAAAUUGAUCUCCUUUACUUAAUUUUUCCCAAUUCGAGUACUGUAUAUAUUCAUAUUAUAUUUUAAAAAAUGACAGUAUUAAAAUUUAAAAUUUUUAAAAUUGUGAUUAUCUUAAGCCCACAUUCCUAAAAUAAGUAUUAAAUUAAAAAAAAAUGUAUUUCUUUGUAUUAAAUUUUUUUUAUUAAGUAUUUAUAAUUUUGUAUAUUCAACUCAAAUUUAUAUUUUCUCAGUUAAUUAUAACAAAUAUUAUCUUAAGUGAUUUGUGUUUGUAAAUAAAUAAUUUUUAUAAACAUAUGAUUAUAUAAUGCCAUUUAAUAUUAGAAGCAAUAAUGAGUGUAUAAAUGUUUUUAAAUUUACUAGUUCUAUUGAUUUGUGUAUUUUGCAAUUUCAAAGAAAAUUGUCAAUGAUGAAUUUUAUCUAUUUCAAUGAGUAUCAAUAUACAAUAUACCUUUGUCAAUUUAUAAUA